ACCAAACACUAGAGGACAAUGUUGCACACAGAAGGGAAAUCGGUUGCUGGUUUUUGCAGGAACAGUUAGUAAUCUGCAUUGCUGCCAUGCAAUGUCACGCUGUGUCAUUCAUAUUUAGAGACUGAGCUAUAGAUACCAAGACUCCCCUUCCACAAGCGCCCUCACCAUUGAGAACCAAAGGAAUACAAAUAAUUUUGAAGUGUCUGUUUUCAAAGACAAUUCUAUAAGUUCCAUGUCGGAAUACAUUUGGUGUUUAGUGCCAGUUAAAAAAAAAGGUCUCACUUCAGGGUGGGAGGAUGCAUAACCGAAAAGACUGAAGGGAACCACGAGUCCUUUUGCUGUACAUCACACUGUGUAGCCCAGUUGCCCAGCGUUAACAAUGCCGGGUGUUGGUUCAAUUCCCACAGGAGACCUAGAAGACCUGAGAGAAGAGAAUUUUUAACGUCAACAUUUUAAAGGAGAUAAAAGAGAGAGUGAUUCAAGCAAUAUUAUUCUGCUGUAAAUUCCACCAAAAAAAAGAUUCUGCUGUGCAGAAAUUCCCAACUUCAUCAAAACUGUCCAUUAACAACUAACUUAAUAGUGAUCAACAAUGGCUCCUGUGCCUGAACUACUUCUGGCCAUUCUGGAAGAGCUAGUUGAAGUAGAGUUGAAGACUUUUAAAUGGCACCUGACCCAAGACUUGCUUGAAGGCUUUCCUCAUAUCCCUGUGAGCCAGCUGGAGAAAGCAGACAGACUGGACACUAUGAAGAAGAUUGUGGAGACCUAUGGUUCUGGAGGUGCUGUGAAGAUCUCACAGGAGAUUCUGAAGAAGAUGAGCCAGAACCAACUGGCUGAAUCCCUUAAAAAUAGGUGUGAUGUGCCUGAGACAAUAGAACUAGAAGUUGAAGACAAACUGAAAUGCUAUCUCAGGAAGAAGUACGGCUCUAUAUAUGAGGGGACGUCAAGGGAAGGUGAUUUUAUCUAUCUCAACCAGGUCUUCACCAAGCUCCAUGUGAUCAGCGGGGCCUGGGGAGGGGUCACAGACGAACAUGAGGUCAUGCGUCUGAACAUUAGAACACCAGCUGCAGAAGAAACCACAGUUGAAGUCAGCAACAUUUUUAAACAACUGCCUGAUCAAAAGAAACCAAUGAGAACAGUGCUGACGCAGGGCAUCGCUGGCAUAGGGAAGUCCGUUUCCGUCCAGAAGUUUAUUCUCGACUGGGCAGAAGGAAAGGAGAACCAAGGCAUUAAUUUAGUCUUUCCACUUCCUUUUCGACAAAUCAAUUCUAAUAUAGGUGAAGACAACUGCAGUCUGAUUGAACUGCUUCAUCAGUUUUUCCCCGACAUGGGACCAAUAAAGAGUCUGAGCAACAACUCAAAAGUUCUGUUUAUAUUCGACGGUCUGGAUGAGUGUCGCCUUCCUCUGGAUUUUUCCAACAAGGUGCUGACGGAUGAUACAAAGCCAGCCCCUCUGGACCGACUGAUCACAAACCUCAUCACAGGUGAGCUCCUCCUUGAUGCCCAGGUCUGGAUAACCACCCGACCUGGAGCUGCCAAAAAGAUCCCUCGACAAUACAUCCACCAAUGGACAGAGGUACGAGGAUUCAAUGACCUACAGAAGGAGGAGUACUUCAGGAAAAAACUCUGUGAUGUCAACUUGGCUGGAAGAAUCAUCGCACACAUGAAGUCAUCAAGGAGCCUACACAUCCUUUGUCACAUACCAGUCUUUUGUUGGAUCUCUGCCACUGUUUUGGAAAAACUCUUGGGUGAAGAAGAGAGUAGAAAGAUACCCAAGACUCUGACUGAGAUGAACAUACACUUCCUACUCUAUCAAAUAGGCAGAAUGGAAGUCGCAGACAAUUCCACAGCUAGAUACAACUUUAUCUUAAAACUUGGAGAGCUGGCUUUCCGUCAGUUGGAGAGAGGACAUUUGGUCUUCUACGAAGAAGAUCUGACAGAAUGUGGCAUUGACUUCACAGAAGCAGCAGUGAACUCAAGUUUAUGCACUGAGAUCUUUGAGGUGGGCAGGAUGAGUCGGAAGUCCGUGUUCAGCUUUGUGCAUCUGAGCAUCCAGGAAUUCCUGGCUGCUGUGUAUGUGUUUGUCACAUUCAUAAACAGCGAACAAAACCCACUGGUCAAACCCAACAGUAUUGUCAAACUCCUGACAUGGGGAAAACAGCAAUCAAUGAAUGACUUAUUCAAGAAUGCAGUAGACCAGGCCUUACACAGUGAGAAUGGACAUUUGGACCUCUUCCUCCGCUUCCUCCUUGGACUCUCGAUCGAGUCCAAUCAGACUCUUUUGCAAGGCCUACUGACACAGAAAGGAAAAAACACACAUACCCAUGAGAAAAUUAUUGAAUACAUCAAGAAGAAGAUCAGGAGGAAUGAGUCUCCGGAGAGAUGCAUCAAUCUCUUCCACUGUCUGAAUGAACUGAAUGACCACUCUCUAGUGGAGGAGAUCCAAAUGUACCUGAAUUCAGGGAACAUAUCAGAAGUCAAACUCUCCCCUGCACAGUGGUCAUCUCUGGUCUUUGUGUUGCUGACUUCAGAAGAGGAGCUGGAUGUGUUUGACCUGAAGAAAUACUCCAAAUCCGAGGAGGGCCUUCUGUGGAUGCUGCCAGUGAUCAAAUCCUCCAGAAUUGCUGUGCUAGAUGGAUGUAAUAUCACAGGGGCAUGCUGUGAAGCUCUGGCCCCAGUCCUAAGCUCAACCUGCUCCCAUCUGAGAGAGCUGGACCUAAGUAACAAUGACCUGCAGGAUUCGGGAGUGAAGCUGCUUGCCGCUGGACUGGGGAGUCCACAAUGUAAAUUGAAGAAACUGAGUCUGAAUGGAUGUAACAUCACAGAGAGAUGCUGUAAAGAAUUGACUUCUGCUCUCACCACUUCAAACCUGAGAACACUGGACUUGAGCAACAACAAGCUGCAAGAUUCAGGAGUGAAGCUUCUCUGUGAAGGACUGGCGAAUUCACAAUGUAGACUGAAGACACUAAGGUUGUCAUUCUGUGGAGUCACAGAGGAAGGUUGUGCUGCUCUGAUCUCAGCUCUGAGGUCAAACCCCUCCCAUCUGAGAGACCUAGACCUGAGCUACAAUCACCCAGGAGAAUCAGGAGCAAAGUUGCUCUCUGCUGGGCUGAAUGAUCUGAUACAUAAACUCCAAACACUCAGUGUUCACCCCAGGGGAGAAGGCUGGUUGUUUAGAAGAUUACAUUGGAUGGAUCUCACCCUGAACCCAGACACAGCAAACUCGUUCCUCUCUCUGUCUGUGGGGAACCGAAAGGUGUCACACGGAAAAGAAUGGCAGCCGUACACUAAUCACCCAGAAAGAUUCACCCACUGGCCCCAGGUGCUGUGUAGAGAGUGUCUGACUGGACGUUGCUACUGGGAGGUAGAAUGGAGUGGGAAAUGGGCUCUUAUAGGAGUGACAUACAGAAUGUUCAAUAUAACACUUAAGAGACGUUUUGGAGCCAACAACAAGUCCUGGAGUCUAGAGUGCUGCGGUAACCGUUUCUCCAUCUGGCAUAGUAACAAGAGAAUGGAUUUACCCGUUUCCUCUGUCUCCCAAUCCAAUAGAGUGGGAGUGUAUCUGGACUGGCCGACCGGCACUCUGUCCUUCUACAGCGUCUCGUCCGAAACAAUGAUCCACCUGUACACAUUCAACUGUGCAUUUGCUGUGCCCGUUUACGCAGGGAUUGGGGUUUCCUUUCAAUCUUCAAUGACCCUGUGUAAAGUAGAUACCAAAGACUUACAAGCAACUAAACCAUAAAUGUCAUGUGGUCCCCCUCGAAUCAGUCCUGCGGGCAGUUUGAUAUAUAGUGGUGUUUUAUUUAUCGUAAAGGGGCUCCCGAGAAAGACGGAAACCUACAAGCAAACCUAGAAGAAGAACGAUAGUUACUUUUGUAACUCCAGUUCUAUGAGUGGAGCUUCCCCCAAAGGGGCUUCACUCCGAUUGGUUUACCCCUCUCUCUGCCAAUCGGCAGGAACUGAAAAUUUAAAUAUGCAAAUUACACCUGUCACAGCCACCUACCUGGUGGCUAUAUCAGAGAGGGACACACCCCGCUCAGCCUCCCAAAUUACCCUUCUUCACGAGAAAAGCAUUCAGAGACUGGCCAGUGCAUGAACCAGUCAGUUACUCAACUGUCAAUACCAUUGCCUCUUUGUCUUCGUCUUGUGAAUGUAUGAAAUGAAACAAAUUCCAGAAUCUAUAAAAAAUGUGAGGAGUAGAUGUAACCUCAAGGAUUAAAACUUGAUAAUUGAACGUUUUACGUGGAAAAACCAUAUCAUCUAUAAUAAGUUAUUACUCCAACUGUGAUACAAAAAAAUUUUAUAACGUGUUUUUUUCUUAUCAGCAAUUCAAGUUGUUUAUUUGUAAGCUUAAAAUUCUACUAUUUCACUCAGUGGCCUUUGUGCCCUAAACAUUUUUCUGGCACCGAAGGCCAAAUGGCAUAGCCCCUAAAAUUAGGAAUUUCCAAGCCUGGUUGUUAGCCAGUCCUGGUCCUAGGGCUCAGGUUUCUUCCAGGAGAGAGAAACUGUAGCAGCAUGAGGUAAACUGAGGACAGGGAGAGCCUGGAGUCUGACGACACUCACGCAAAUGGGAGGCCUAUCCAC